AUGAGUACAAGCAGGCUGCAGCAACUCAUGAGCCAUACUUGGCCUGAAAAUAAGUUGAUUGUUAUGUGGAUCAGAGCGAUGACGAGUCCUCUGACCACACACGUGCUGAACACUGCCAAGGGUAUCCCUGCAGCCAAUAUAGCCCUCAGCCUACAUCGACUGGAUCCUGCAUCUGAGACAUGGCUGUUGAUUAACUCUGGGCACACGAAUGCUGAUGGACGUUUCCCUGCACUUAUCACACAACAGGAGUUUCUGAGUGGGGUGUACAAAUUGCGAUUUGAAACUGCUCAAUACUGGGAAAGUACUGGGGAGGUGUCCUUUUACCCAUAUGCAGAGGUUGUCUUCACUAUAAGCAACCCAGAGCAAAAGUACCAUAUACCUCUGCUCCUGAGUCGUUUCUCAUAUAGCACGUACAGAGGGAGUUAG